CACGGGCAGGUCAGCGGUGACGAGCGAGGCGCGCGCCGGAAGUGGUGGCCGGGGCGUGGGGCCGAGUGGGAGCCGAACGAGGAGCGGGAUGGGGAAACAAAAGAAAGCGAGGAAAUACGCCACCAUGAAACGCAUGAUCAGCCCCCGAGACCAGCGCAUCAAGCAGACGGAGCGUGCAAAAUCCAAUAUGAAAAAGAAGGCUGAUCCCAGUGCAAUCAAGGAAAGAGAGGUCCCUCAGUACCCUUCCUGUUUGUUCUUCCAGUAUAACACGCAGUUGGGCCCACCCUAUUAUAUUCUGGUUGAUACAAACUUCAUCAACUUCUCCAUUAGAGCCAAGCUGGACCUGGUGCAGUCAAUGAUGGACUGUCUCUAUGCCAAGUGUAUCCCCUGUAUCACAGAUUGCGUGAUGGCUGAAAUUGAGAAGCUAGGGCAGAAAUACCGCGUGGCACUAAGGAUAGCCAAAGACCCACGAUUUGAGCGCCUGCCUUGCACACACAAAGGGACCUAUGCAGAUGACUGCUUGGUGCAGAGGGUCACUCAGCAUAAGUGUUACAUAGUGGCCACGGUGGACAGAGACCUUAAGCGGAGAAUCCGGAAGAUUCCUGGAGUCCCUAUCAUGUAUAUUUCCAACCACAGGUAUAACAUUGAGAGGAUGCCAGAUGAUUAUGGAGCCCCUCGAUUCUAACCCCCUGCUACAGAUGUUCCCAUCACAUACUGUUGCCAAGCACCAGGAUUCUAAACCCAGUUAGCGUGCUCCUCUGUUUCUAUCCCCCUGCUUCCCUCCCUUUUCUGGGAUUGCUCCCAGGGCUGCCGAUGACACUGGACUGAUUUCUUAGGCCUUGGCUUUGCAGCUUUGGUCUUCUAAUGAAAAGCCAUUUUGAAUCUUUCUACCUUUACUCACCCUUGCUCUGCCUAAACCCAUUGGUUAAAUCAGAAUGCGUGGGAGGGAGUACUAGGACCCGGGGACUGCAUCUGCCUAGCUUCCUCCUCAUUCUGCAGAUGGGGUAUUGCUCUACUACACUAGCAAUAAUAAAGGUGUUCAGUCCCUA